UAUUAUUAUCGUCACGACUCAUGUGAAGGAGAGAACCCGAAAACAGCCAAAGCUUCCUUCCACCCUCCACGACACGGUGCCUUCACCGUCUCUCUCACUCCAUAGUGGACUGGGAAGUGGGAAGUCUUAAAGGCUACGAGUACGAGAUCGCUCUGGAGAGUUCAAGCAGAGAAACAGCUUGAUCAUGCGGUUUCGGCCCGCAUUUUAAAUGCUUAGCUCGAAAUCUUCCAUCAAUCCUUCCAAUGAAUAGGUUUCGCAGUAGUCAUGACGAAGAAGAGGCCUUCGUUCUCAGUUCGCUAUGUCUUCUGGUUCGUGUUGAAGCUUUUGUUAUCUCUAUCGGUUGUGCUCUGUUUCUUUGCUCUUCUUAAACUUAACUCGCAAUCGAGGCAACAGUUCUCGAUCGCUUAUGCACGCAGUUCUCUUAGCUUAGACGAGCACUUUGUUGGCAUUCCUAAGAUCGCUUUCUUAUUCCUUGCGCGAAAAGACCUACCCCUCGAUUUUGUAUGGUGGGGUUUCUUUGAGAAUGCAGAUGCUUUGAAUUUUUCAAUAUAUGUUCAUUCAGAGCCUGGUUUCCUAUUUGAUGAAUCAACGACGAGAUCUCCCUUGUUUUAUGGUCGACAGUUGAGCAAGAGCGUGAAGGUUAUGUGGGGAGAGUCGAGUAUGAUCGAGGCCGAGAGGUUAUUACUCGGAGCAGCUCUUAGGGACCCUGCAAAUCAGAGAUUUGUUCUCCUCUCUGAUAGUUGUGUACCUCUGUACAACUUCAGCUACAUGUAUAAUUAUGUGAUGGCGUCACCAAGGAGUUUUGUGGACAGCUUUGUUGACACACAUGAAGGUCGUUACAAUCCAAAGAUGUCACCUGUAAUACCAAAGGACAAAUGGCGAAAAGGAUCUCAGUGGAUUACAUUAGUUCGAAAAGAUGCAAGGGUUAUUGUAGAUGAUGAUAUUAUCUUUCCAGUCUUCAAGAGAUUCUGCAAGCGAAGGCCACCCGUAGAUCCCAGAAAGAUAAAGCAGAAUCCUAAAAUUCAGAAACAGCAUAACUGUAUCCCAGAUGAACACUAUGUGCAGACUUUACUAUCA